ACAAUCUGCCCCAGUGGACCUCUGCUCUACUUGUUUCCGUUGAAUGCCGGAGACUCUGCGCGUAGAAACGUGAGAACUGAGAAGCGUCAAGUCAAGGCAAUAUUUGUGAAUUUCGAAUUAAGAGAGAGAGAGAGGCUCUCCGGUUGAUUUCCGAGAAGUAGACGAAGGACAAGUCAACAAGACUGGUUUCUUUGCGGCUUCGUCUGCUCUUAUUCUGAUUUUUUCGGGCGAUCGAAUCUAGUGUUCUUAUACUGUUUUCGGACUUCAGAGUAGAGUCAUCGGUACAGGCUUCCUUAAAUACCAAACCCACUUGCCUUUCUUUCUCCCUCUUUGUCUGUCUGUUUGUCUCUUCUAGAGCAACUAGCGAGGGAAAUUCAGAGCGAAGUUUUAAUCAUCUCAGAAGGGUUGCUCCGGAGAACACUGGGUUUGUGAACCAAGUUGACUAGCUCUAGUGGAAGUUAAUUACAGACGGUUUAUUGAUUUGCUGUUGAAAAUUGUGCAGGUUUCUCUUUGGUUUAGUCCCUGAGAAAUGGCUAGUGAUGAAAAAGAUGAAGUGCCCAUGUUAUCAAACACUGAUUCUCAGUCAUUGGAUGAAAGCUUGGAUGUUGAAUUCCCAAGAUUUUCAUCAAGGAACAGGAGUGCAUCCAUGUCUAUAACAAUGAACUCUGUGCACUUAAAUGAAGGUGAAAAUAACUUUGUAGGUUAUACUGGUCCUUUGCGGAAUGAAAGGAGAACUCCCUUUGUGCAGAUGAGUGGUCCUUUAUAUAUCAGCCGGAAACCUGAGAACUUUAAUCGACCAAUGCAUGGGUCAAUUGAUGACAAAAUAUCAAUACUUACAGCCGAACACUAUCCUUCAUUUAAUGGAAGGGAUAAAAAAGAAUGGAUGGAUGAAAGUUAUGCCCGCAAGAAUGAACAUUUGUUGAGGUCCGGGCCAUUGGGAGUAUGCAAUGAUCCUUACUGCACAACAUGUCCAACAUACAAUUUCAGUGGAUUUCAACAAAAGAACUCAAAGUUCCAUAAUGCUUUCUAUGAUGAUGCUAAGAGUCAGACAAGGAGGAUUUGUACCCUCUUACAGUCAUAUAUACCUGGUGUUAUGAACCCUCAUACUAAAAUUGUUCAGCAAUGGAAUCAAUUUUUUGUCAUUUCUUGCUUAGUGGCGAUUUUUGUAGACCCCUUGUUUUUCUUCCUGCUUUCUGCAAAGGAGGAGUACAAAUGCAUAGUUCUUAAUUGGCCCAUGACAAAAACACUUGUGGCUCUUAGAAGUUUGACUGAUUUUGUUUACUUUCUGCACAUGCUACUUCAGUUUAGGUUGGCUUAUGUUGCUCCUGAAUCUAGAGUUGUGGGUGCUGGUGAAUUAGUUGAUGAUCCGAAGACAAUUGCUCUCCAUUACCUUGUAGGCUACUUUUUACUUGAUAUAGUUGUGGUACUGCCACUUCCUCAGAUCCUGAUAUUGCUUGUAUUUCCCAAGUAUGUUGGGUCAGCAAAUUAUGCAAAAAAUCUAUUACGAGCAUCGAUUCUUUUACAAUACAUACCCAGGCUUUUCAGGUGCUUGCCUUUGCUUGCUGGUCAAUCGUCAAAUGGCUUCAUAUUUGAAUCAGCAUGGGCCAACUUUGUAAUCAAUCUUCUUGUGUUCAUGCUGGCUGGACAUGUUGUAGGAUCGUGUUGGUACCUACUUGGGCUACAGAGGGUCAAUCAAUGCCUUAGAGAUGCAUGUGAUUCUUAUGGAAUGGGGAAUUCUUCUCGAGUUGGUUAUUGCAGGGACUUCAUAGAUUGCGGGCAUGGUGAUCCAAAAAUGGAGCCAUUACUAGAAUGGAAUGACUGGAAAAACCAUACAGAUGCAAAUAAUUGUUUUUCCAAAGAUGCUCCUUUUAAUUACGGAAUCUACAUUCAAGCUGUUAAUAUUACUGGGAAAUCCAGUAUCAUUACAAGAUAUAUAUAUUCCUUGUUUUGGGGUUUCCAGCAAAUCAGCACGCUUGCCGGAAACCAAGUUCCUAGUGAUUUUGAAUGGGAAGUUCUUUUUACCAUGGCAAUUAUUGGACUUGGCCUCUUACUUUUUGCAUUACUGAUUGGAAAUAUACAAAAUUAUUUGCAAGCCCUUGGAAGGAGGGGACUAGAAAUGCAGCUAAGGCGUCGUGAUGUUGAGAAGUGGAUGAGUCAUAGACGUUUGCCUCUACCACUAAGAAGGCAAGUACGACAAUCAGAACAUUUCAAUUGGGCUGCAACACAAGGUGUAAAUGAAGAAAUGUUGCUGGAUAAUUUGCCAGAGGAUCUCCAAAGAGAUAUAUGCCGUCAUCUCUUUAAGUUUCUUAAUAAAGUUCGGAUUUUUGCCCUAAUGGAGGAUCCCAUCUUAGAUGCCAUCCGUGAGAGACUAAGACAGAGGAUAUACAUAGAAGGAAGCCACAUUUUAACUGUUGGUAGGCCAGUUGAAAAAAUGGUUUUUAUUGUCCGGGGGCAAAUGGAGAGCAUUGGAGAAGAUCAGAGUGUAGUCCCCUUAUCAGAGGGAGAUGUUUGUGGCGAGGAGCUUCUUAUAUGGUGUCUUGAGAAUUCUUCAGUGAGCAAAGGUACAAUUCUUAUUCUUGAUUUGCACUUUCCCUUCAGCUAA